AUGGUGCGUCACGCAUUUUUCUUGCACGAUGUCUCAUUACUGACGCGUCGAAUCAAAUGGCGCUCACGGAUAGUUGGAGGAACGGUCAGGAAGAGAGGACGUGGUUUCCAAAACGCAGGUGCGUACGGUGGUAACGAAAAGGGGCUCGGCGCAGAGCAGACAUACGACCGUGUGGAAUCCACCACAGCACCCGCAGACACCAGAGCAGCGCGCUCGGUAGAAGGAUGGAUAGUCCUCGUGACGAACGUACAUGAAGAGGCGACAGAAGAGGACGUGAAUGAGAAGUUUGCAGAUUAUGGAGAGAUCAAAAACUUGCACCUGAACCUCGACCGGAGAACAGGUUAUGUCAAGGGCUAUGCAUUGGUCGAAUACGAGACCAUGGCGGAAGCCCAAGCCGCCAUCGACGGCGCCUCCGGCACAACACUCCUCGAACAACAACUGCAGUGCGAUUACGCGUUCGUACGACCACCGCCGACGGGUCCGAAGAAGGGCAGAGGAGGUAGGGAAGGUAGGGGAAGGAGUGCGAGUCCUGGUCGCAGGAAUUGA